CAGGAAGAAGCAGCCAUAGAUACGCAUGCGCAGUGCGUGUGUAGAGAUCUGUGCUGCAUUUGUACAAACACGAGAUGCCAACUCAAAAAGAAUGCCAUAUCUGUGGGGAAAGAAUUGGGGUUGCAAGCAAAACUUGUCAAUAUUGUCAUGCCAAGCAGCCGUACAAACAGAAGCUGGAAACAAGAAAAAAACAACUUUCACACGAAUGGAAAUCCAGACAGAAGAAAAACAGCAGCGUCAACAAAGUUUAUGAUGCUUCAAAUCUAUUGCUCCACAAAUGGGAAGUUUUGGAGAGAUAUCCAGCCCUGCUCCUAGCCAGAAGAACAUCAAAUGGGUUUACAGCUGAGUGUCUCUGUCCGUGGCAGAUGGAUACAGAAGAAGCUAAAGAUGCCUUUGACACCAUAAAGAGCAUUUAUGAAAAUCUUCUUAACGGUGAUGACAAAAAAUCAGUGAGUAUGGGAGUUGAUCCAGAGACUUCAACAUCAAACAGUGAAGAGACUUCAGACACACAGACUUCAUCAUUAGAUCAUCAGGAUCUCCUCUCAUCUAACAUCAAACCUGAUCCAACAUCAGACUCUGUGUCCUCCUCAUCUCUGAUCACUGAAUGUCCCGUUCAUCAUGAAGCAUCGAGUUUCCCCUACAAAAAAAUACUGAGGGAAAGGAUCAGAGAGGGUCAUGAAGAGGUGUUGGUGCAAUGGCAUCCUUGCUCUGGAUGUGGGGCGGAGUGGAAAAACACCUGGGAGCCUAAAGAAAAUAUACUAUAACUAAAUGUGUGUGUUUUAUUGUAUUGUUUAUUACUGUGUUGUCAUUGUUGUUGAUAAAGAUGUCAUUCUAGCAAACAGAGUUAUUCUUGUGUGAAGUGUUACUUUAUUUUAGUUGCUUAUGUUCCCUUUAACAUUAUGCAAACAUUUAAAAUGUCCAGUUUUUAUCUUUUAAUCAAGUUUAUGAGGAAUGUUACAUUCUAUCAUUUGACAAUGUUGUGUUUUAAAGGAUAGUGUUACCAAAAAAUUUAAAUUCUGUCCUGAUUUCAUCAUCAUCUUCUAAACCCUUUCUCAGUUAAACUAAACUAAAGUUUAGAAUUUUUAUGAAUGAAGGUAACCAGAAAGUUAAGUUGUUUAUUUUUAUAGCUGGAAAUACAAAUACAUGCAAAUCAAUGGGUACCAUCAACUGUGUGUUUACCAUCAUUUAUCAAAACACCUUUUGUGUUCAA